AUGCAACAGGGAGCGAACCAGCGGACGGGCCUGGACGUGGACCGCCUGGACUACCUGGUGCGGGACUCUGCUGCAGUCCCCUUUUUAGGGUUUCUGUUAGGGUUUUCUCCUUUGCGUUUGCUGCUGCACUCCAAAGUUAUUUCUGGAGAAAUCUGCUACAGCAGCAGCGAACUCCACUCCGUAUUUGGAGUUUUCUUCGCCAGAUACUCCCUCUUCAGUUCCGUCUACCUCCACAAAAAGGUCCGGGCCAUUGAGCUGAUGAUCGCGGAGGCUUUAAGGGAAGCAGAUCCGGUCUUCAGGUGGAGCGAGGCCGUUGACGAUGUAAAUUAG